AUGGUCACUGCAUGGGGCUGGUGUGGCAGCGACCUGCCGUGGGAGUUUAAAAGCUUCCCAAGGACCUGCUUUGUGUCCACAGAGCUGCAGACAAAAGCCAAGGUGACGGUACUGAGAGGAGACAUUGUGGAUGCCCAGUUCCUGAGGAGAGCGUGCCAGGGCAUCUCCGUUGUCAUCCACACCGCUGCUGCCCUUGAUAUCGCAGGCGUCCUGCCCAGGCAGACCAUCCUAGAUGUCAAUGUGAAAGGUACUCAGCUCCUGUUGGACGCUUGUGUGGAAGCCAGCGUACCAGUCUUCAUCUACAGCAGCUCAACAGGUGUGGCUGGACCAAACUCCUACAAGGAGACCAUCCUGAACGACCGUGAGGAAGAGCAUCGUGAAAGCACAUGGCCUAAUCCAUACCCAUACAGCAAAAGGAUGGCCGAGAAGGCAGUGCUGGCAGCCAAUGGGAGCAUCCUGAAAAAUGGUGGCACUUUGCAUACGUGUGCCUUAAGACUUCCAUUCAUCUACGGGGAAGAAAGUCAAGUCGUUUCAACCGUGGUAAAUAGAGCACUCAAGAACAACAGCAUAAUUAAGAGACAUGCCACAUUCUCCAUAGCCAACCCAGUGUAUGUGAGUAAUGCAGCCUGGGCACACAUUCUGGCUGCCAGGGGCCUUCGAGACCCGGAGAAGUCACAAAGCAUCCAAGGACAGUUCUACUACAUCUCAGAUGACACCCCUCACCAAAGCUAUGAUGAUUUAAAUUAUACCCUGAGCAAAGAAUGGGGCCUCUGCCUUGAUUCCAGUUGGAGCCUUCCUCUGCCCCUACUCUACUGGCUUGCCUUCCUGCUGGAAACUGUGAGCUUCCUGCUGCGUCCAAUCUACAACUAUAGGCCACCCUUUAGCCGCUUCAGGGUCACACUCUUAAAUAGCGUGUUUACCAUUUCCUACAAAAAAGCUCAGCGAGAUCUGGGCUAUGAGCCACUUGUCAGCUGGGAGGAAGCCAAGCAAAAAACCUCGGAGUGGAUCGGGACACUAGUGGAGCAGCACAGGGAGACACUGGACACAAAGUCUCAAUGAUGGGAAGAGGGCAGGGACAUGGCCCUGGGUGUUAUCCCAUCCUCCAGCUAGGACAGAGGCACAAGCCAGGUCCUGCUGCCUCCCUUUGAUACAGAGGACCUUAGAGUCUUAAUCAAGUCACCAAAAGCCUUGCCAGUCACUGACCCAGCCACAAACCUUCUUUCUGAAGCCGCUGCCCAGAAAUACACAGGCAGCUGAUACCCAGUUCCUCGGUCCAAGCUCCUGAGCAUCUCUUGUACCUCGGAGCUCUCCAUUAUUUCGUCUCCUCAUCCAAAGCAUAUCUUUCAUCCCCCUACAGAAAAGUCUGCUUGCUCUAUGAAGCCCAAUGGAAGGAGCAAUAAAUAUGU